UUCUAACUUGCGUCCAUUUUUCAUCCUUAAUUCCCCAAAUCAAAGCAAACCCCUGCAUUUCAUAGCAAUCCCAAGCCCCUCCAAUUCCGUCCAUUGACGGAAAACUAAUCAUCUGCAAAAUCCUCUCCACACCCAGAUGGCUGCUUCAAUGGCUACAACAUCCACAGUCCCCAAGGCCCUCUUUUUCCCGUCAAAUAACGCUGUUCCCCUGACACCCAAGAUCUCCUCCUCCAUGAAAUUUCAGCCCAAACCCCAUGUGGGUCGUCUGGGCAGAAUGGGUUUGAGCAAAAGAAGCUUGGUGGUGGCCAUGGCGGUUCCUCCUCCUCCUCCAGCCAAGGAAGGAAAACUUUCAGACGCUGUGCAACAGAGCAUUGCAAAUGCCAAAGAACGGUGUGCAGAGGAUGAAAAUUCAGGGGAAUGCGCAGCUGCGUGGGAUGAAGUUGAAGAAUUGAGCGCUACGAGGAGUGAUAUUCGAACCAAGGAGAAAGGAAGCGACCCACUUGAGGCUUACUGUAAGGAAAACCCUGAGACAGACGAGUGUCGAACCUACGACGACUGAAGGCUAGUAACAUGUAUUUUCUGUUAUUUGACAUAUGCCUUAGAAAUAUCCGUCAAACAUAAGCUUGUCUAAUAUAAACUGAACUGAGUUCAGAUGUGAAACACCAUUUAUGAUGAUGUAAUUCAGUGAAGUAUUUCAUAGAUAGAUUUGUAAGCUUUUUCUCUGUUUGAAACUGUUGGUGUUUUAGCUGAUACAGAGCUUAAUACAGAGUAAUUUUGCUUUUA